AUGUACCACUUUUUAAUCGCCCUGACUGCUUUGAUACACAGCCCGUAUCCCAUUGCUGGGAAAACCGUAUCUGGAGUUUUUCAGAGCGGCGCGGCGCGGCAACAGAAUGGCCAAUACAUUGCAAAAUUUCUGUAUCACGGGGAGAACGGCCUGAUGGCGUGCCGGCUGAAGAACGUGGCUCUGGCCUUGGAGAAGGAAGCCAAACUACUGCUGUUCCAGGGGAUGGAGGACUUUGACAAUCUGAGCUGUCUGGAGCGUGUUACUGGAGCCCAGUUCACCAUCACCCUGAGCUCGGAGGAGCACAACCGGACGAUCCCGCGUCAGUCUGUCCCUCAGGCCUGGCACGUGCUGUACGCCGACCGGUACACCUGCGACGAGGACGACCUGGACGGCGCGGUGGAGGACAUCGGGUUUCAGCUCGUCCUGUUAAACCCGGAUUCGGCGGGAAACCCUCUGGACCACUUCAGCGCCGAGGAGGCCGGUCUGCACAGUUUCUACUUCAUGCUGAUCCUGGCCUACUUCGUGGCCUCCUGUAUCUACGUUCAGCCGCUGUGGCAGGCGCUGAAUAAGGGCGGUCCGAUGCACACGGUUCUGAAGGUUCUGUCCGCAGCGCUCGUCCUGCAGGGCAUGUCGGUGUUCUUCAACUACGUCCACAUGGCAAGGUACGCCAGAGACGGUGUGGGUGUUCCGCUCAUGGGCAGUUUAGCAGAAUUCUGUGAUAUGGUAGCUCAGGUACAGAUGCUGUACAUGCUGUUGAGUCUGUGUAUGGGCUGGACGUUGAGUCGUGGCAGGAAGUCCCAGAGUAAACCCCUGCAGUGGGACUCCUCCCCCGCCUCCACUGCCCUCGCACUGGGAGGAGUCAUCACACAGGGGGCGCUGCUGAUCUGGGAACAGUUUGAGGACACGGAGCACCACAGUUACCAUGGUCACCGCAGCAUGGCAGGUCUGCUGCUGAUGGUCCUACGUGUGGCUCUGGCCCUGGUCCUGGCUUCUGUCCUGUACCAGAUCAUCUCAGCAGAGAGGAGCACACUCAAAAGAGACUUCUACCUCAGCUUCACCAAGGGUUGUUUCCUGUGGUUCCUCUGUCACCCUGUGCUGGUCUUCCUCUCAGUCAUAUUUAACGAACAUCAGAAAGAGAAGGUUAUAACCAUCGGGGUGAUCCUGUGCCAGUCCAUUUCAGUGGUCGUGCUCUACCGCCUCUUCUUGUCCCGCAGUCUGUACUGGGAGGUGUCAUCUCUCUCCUCCGUCACACUCCCCUUAACCAUGUCCAGAGGCCCCCGCGGACGUUACUGA